AUGGAAGGCGAGAGGAACCACCAUCACCGCCACCACCAGGCCAGUGGAUACGGUUCCGCUGAAGGCAGUCCUAUGGGAAUGGACUCCUAUGGGACUGGCCGCCCUGGGGGGAUGGGAUCCUAUGACAACAAUUCUGCGGGGAUGGGAUCCUAUGACAACAAUUCCAUGGGGAUGGGAUCUUAUGACAACAGUUCCACAGAAUGGGAUCUUAUGACAACAAUUCAAUGGGAACGGGAUCUUAUGGGAGCAGCGGACAGGACUACAGGAGGGAGGAGAAGCAGUACAAGCACCAUGAGCACAUGGCAUGAGAGGCACGAGAUAGGGAAAGACCCAGAGCAUGCACGCCGACACAGGGUAGAGGAGGAGCUAGGCACCGCAGCCGCUCUUGGGGCUGGUGGGUAUGCAUUACAUGAGCACCACGACAUGAAGGAGGCCAAGAAGAUGGAGGAAGAGGGCCAUGGAAAGCACCACCGCCACCUAUUUAGAUCAUAA